AAAUAAGGCCCAUUUCGGGCCCAAUUAACACAAAACUCUCUCUCUCUCUAUUCUAAAAAAGAACACACACUCUCUCUCUCUCUUUACUUUUGAUCAGUCAUUUCAUUUCCUUUAGCCAGAAAGCAAAGACCUUUCUCUCUUGAAUUCAUGUCGGAUACAGGUCGACCAUUGCCAAAAUUUGGUGAAUGGGAUGUUAAUGAUCCUGCUUCAGCUGAGGGAUUUACUGUGAUCUUCAACAAGGCUAGGGAUGAGAAGAAGACGGGCGGCAAACCUGACUCACCUGGAAAGGCUGAUUCUCAUAUUAAGUCUGGAGUGGAUUCUGGCAAGCCUCAGGGUAAAAAAUGGUUUUGCUGCAUUCAGAGUCCGACUACAGAAUCUUGACAAUGCUGUUCCCACGGAAGAGCUUCAAUGGAGUAAGUUCAGCUGUAAGUGGCCCCACUAUAUAUUUAUUAAAGAAGAUAGAAGCUGUAGAGCGGUGAUGGAUUCUGCUGCUAUUUGUUGUGUGCUGUAAGACUGAAUUGUGGGGGGAAAAGAGCAAAUACACAGUUAUUGUAUUUAUCAAGAUGCACUGAUAUGCUUUUCUAUGAGUUGUAGAGCUUUUAUGACACUCUUUCUGUUGUAUUGGUAAAUGGGCUGUUUUGUGAAAUAUACAUAUUCUCAAAUUUCUCUUCCA